GCUGCCCGAAAUGACCAGCUUCUUGUAAGAAGACUGCUUCGUCUCUCGGAGAUGGGAAACUCUUACGCUGGGCAGCUGAAGACCGCGCGGUUUGAGGAGGUCCUGCACAACUCCAUCGAGGCCUCCCUGCGCUCCAGCAGCCUGGUACCCAGGCCCGUCUUCUCCCAGUUGUACUUGGAAGCGGAGCAGCAGCUUUCCGCUCUAGAAGGUGGAAGCCGAGCGGACAAUGAGGAAGAGGAGGAGGAGGGGGAAGGGGGGCUGGAACAGAACUGUCCCCCAAACCCCUACCGGAUGCACCCCCCGCCCGAAGGAUGCUGCACCACAGACGGGUUCUGCCAGGCAGGGAAGGACCUGCGUCUCGUCUCCAUCUCCAGCGAGCCCAUCGACGUCCCCGCGGGCUUCCUCCUGGUGGGCGCGAAGUCUCCCAGCCUGCCGGACCAUCUCCUGGUGUGCGCCGUUGACAAGCGGUUCCUGCCGGACGACGACGGACACAACGCCCUUCUCGGUUUCUCUGGGAAUUGCGUUGGCUGUGGGAAGAAAGGCUUCUGUUACUUCACAGAGUUCUCCAGUCACAUGAACCUGAAGGUGACCACCCAGCCCAAGAAGCAGAAACACUUGAAAUAUUACCUGAUCCGCAACGCACAAGGGGCUCUGACCAAAGGGCCUCUCAUUUGCUGGAAAGGCUCAGAGUUCAGAAGCCGGCAGGCAUCCGCCAGUGCGUGUUCCAGCUCUCUGUUCCCACCGCCGGAGAGCUCUGGGCUGCCACCUCCCUUCCCCAGCGAGCCUGGUCCUGGGUCCACCGCCAGCAUCCUGCCGGGAACACCGCAGGCAGGACCAGCCUCCGAUCACGCCUCACUAACCGCAGCCGUGGGUCCGGCUGUUUUCAACGGCAAAGAUUCCCCGAAGCACCAGCCGCUGGUGAAGCACAGCCUGUCCGCCGUGCCGCGUCCCUCGGCCUUAGGUAUCUUAUCAAACUCCGGGCCCCCCAAAAAACGCCACAAAGGAUGGUCUCCAGAAUCUCCAUCAGCCGCGGAUGGUGGCUACCCCCAGGGUGGUGGGAACAGAGCUAAGUAUGAGAGCACAGGCGUGACCUGCAUGCCCCAGGUUGGCUUGGUGGGACCGGCUUCAGUCACCUUUCCCGUUGUGGCCUCCGGAGAACCAGUGUCCGUUCCCGACAACUUGCUGAAAAUAUGCAAGGCCAAGCCAGUGAUCUUUAAAGGCCACGGGCACUUCCCUUACCUCUGUGGGAACCUGAACGAUGUCGUCGUGAGUCCUCUCCUGUACACGUGCUACCAGAACUCCCAGUCCAUCUCCAGAGCGUAUGGACAGUAUGGGGCCUCCACGAUACAGCCCAUCUCCGAGGAGAUGCAGCUCCUGCUGACCGUCUACUAUCUCGUCCAGCUGGCGGCGGACCAGGUGCCCCUGAUGGAGGACCUGGAGCAGAUCUUCCUGCGCUCCUGGCGGGAGUCGCACCUGACGGAGAUCCGCCAGCACCAGCAGGCGCCGCCGCAGCCCGUCCCGCCGGCGCCCGGGGCCGCCGUGGCGCCCGUCACCUCGGCGCAGCUGCCCUGGCUGGCCGGCCUGGCCGCCAGCUCCUGCAACGACAGCGUGCACGUCAUCGAGUGCACCUACUCCCUGGCCGAGGGCCUCUCUGAGAUGUUCCGCCUGCUCCUCGAGGGCAAGCUGGCCAAGACCAACUACGUGGUGAUCAUCUGCGCCUGCCGGAGCGCCGCCAUCGACUCCUGCAUCGCCGUCACCGGAAAAUACCAAGCCCGGAUUCUUUCUGAGAGCCUUCUCACCCCAGCUGAGUACCAGAAAGAAGUCAAUUAUGAGCUGGUUACGGGGAAAGUGGACUCUCUGGGAGCCUUUUUUAGCACCCUCUGUCCAGAGGGCGACAUUGAUAUUUUGCUGGACAAAUUUCAUCAGGAAAAUCAAGGCCAGAUUUCUUCCUCACUUACUGCCUCCUCUGUCACCAAGUCAGCAUCCCUCGAUGUCGGCGGGACACCGGUAUGCACAAGUUACCAUCUGGAGCCUCACCGCAUCCGGCCCUUCCAGCUGGCCGUGGCCCAGAAGCUCCUCUCCCACGUGUGUUCAAUCGCAGAUUCCAGCACCCAAAAUCUGGACUUAGGAUCCUUUGAGAAGGUGGACUUUCUGAUUUGCAUUCCACCCUCAGAAGUGACCUACCAGCAGACCCUGUUCCACGUCUGGCAUUCAGGGGUUUUGCUGGAGCUUGGCUUGGAAAAGGAGCACAUGACCAAGCAGAGGGUCGAGCAGUACGUUUUGAAGCUAGAUGCCCAGGCGCAGACAAAAUUCACGUCCUUUCUGCAAAACUCCUUUCAGAAUCCGCACACGCUCUUUGUCCUCAUUCACGACCACGCCCACUGGGAUCUCGUGAGUAGCACUGUUCAUGACCUCUACUCCCAGAGUGACCCGUCCGUGGGGUUGGUGGACAGAUUGCUCAACUGCAAGGAGGUGAAGGAGGCCCCCAACAUCGUGAUGCUGCACGUGACCUCCUUCCCGUACGCGCUGCAGACGCAGCACACCCUCAUCAGUCCGUACAACGAGAUACACUGGCCGGCCUCCUACAGUAACGGAGCGGACUUGUAUCCUGAGAAUAAGAAGUACUUCGGGCUGUCCGAGUUCAUCGAGUCCACCCUCUCAGGACACAGCCUCCCCUUGCUGAGAUACGACAGCUCCUUUGAGGCCAUGGUCACCGCGUUGGGAAAAAGGUUCCCCCGCCUGCACAGCGCGGUGAUCAGGACCUUUGUUCUCGUGCAGCACUACACGGCCGCGAUGAUGGCCGUGAGCGGCCUCUCUCAGAUGAAGAACUACACGUCGGUGGAGACGCUGGAGAUCACGCAGAACCUCAUCAACUCCCCGAAGCGGUGCCCCUGCGGCCACGGGCUCAUGGUCCUGCUGCGGGUGCCCUGCUCCCCGCUGGCGGCCGUGGCCUACGAACGGCUGGCCCACGUGCGGGCGCGGCUGGCCCUGGAGGAGCACUUUGAGAUCAUUCUGGGCAGCCCCAGCUCUGGCAUCACCAUCGGGAAGCACUUCCUGAAGCAGCUCAAGACGUGGCAGAAAAUUGACGAUGCGGAGUGGCGGCCUCAGACGUACUUGGAGUUGGAGGGCCUGCCUUGCAUCCUGAUCUUCAGCGGGAUGGACCCACAUGGGGAGUCCUUACCAAGGUCUCUGCGGUACUGUGACCUGAGGCUCAUAAACUCCUCCUGCCUGGUGAGGACGGCAUUGGAGCAGGAGCUGGGCCUGGCUGCUUACUUUGUGAGCAGCGAGGCUCCCCUGGAGAAGGGGGCCCGGAGUGAGGCCCUGGAGAGUGACGCUGAGAAGCUGAGCAGCACAGACAACGAGGAUGAGGAGGUGGUGACGGAAGGCUCCGCGUCAGAGAAGAGGAGCCCCGUGAGGCGAGAACGGUGCCGUUCCCGUGACUCUGCGUCCUCCUCUCUCUCCUCUAAGGCUUCCAGCUCAGCGCGGUGCGGCGGGUCCCCGGCUCAGGCUCAGCCGGCGGGGCCCUCGCAGGGGGACCGGGCCCGAUCGCCUCAGCCCUGCGGCCCCGCGGAGGAGGGCAGGGCCCCGGGAGAGAGACAGUGGCUCCGGGCAGGGCGGGGGCCGCCGUCGGUCAUCAGCGGGCGCGGCCCCGGGCCGGCCCCCCAGCCGGACCCCGGCCUCAAGAGCGGCCAGUGGAGCAUCCAGGCGUCAGUGCCCUCCUCGUCCUCCUCGGGCUCGUCCUCCUCCUCCGCGACGCCCGCCGCCGGCCCGCUCGUCCUGCAGGCCGCCCAGUGCUCCGUGACCGAGGCCCGCCGGCGGCCGCCUGUGGUCUUCCUGCCCAAGCUGGUGCACGACAUGGUCACGUCCGCCGACGGCAGCGGCCUGCCCAAGGCCGCCUCGCUCCUGCCCUCGCACUUGGUCAUGUGGGCCAGCUCGUUCCGGCCCCUGCUCAGCAAGACCAUGACGUCCACAGAGCAGUCACUGUACUACCGGCAGUGGACGGUGCCCCGGCCCAGCCACAUGGACUACGGCAGCCGCGCCGAGGGCCGCGUGGACGGCUUCCACCCGCGCCGGCUGCUGCUCAGCGGGCCCCCCCAGAUCGGGAAGACAGGCGCCUACCUGCAGUUCCUCAGCAUUUUGUCGAGAAUGCUCAUUCGGCUGACGGAAGUGGAUGUUUACGAUGAAGAAGAGAUCAAUAUCAACCUCGGAGAAGAAGCAGAUUGGCAUUACCUCCAGCUCAGUGACUCCUGGCCGGACCUGGAGCUGUUCAAGAAGUUGCCCUUUGACUACAUUAUUCAUGACCCGAAGUACGAGGAUGCCAGCCUGAUCUGUUCACACCAUCAGAGCAUAAAGAGCGAAGACAGAGGGACACGCCGGAAGCCAGAGGACCUCUACGUGCGGCGCCAGACGGCGCGGAUGAGGCUCUCCAAGUUCGCGGCAUACAACACGUACCACCACUGCGAGCAGUGCCACCAGUACAUGGGCUUCCACCCCCGCUACCAGCUCUAUGAGUCCACCCUGCACGCCUUUGCCUUCUCUUACUCCAUGCUAGGAGAGGAGAUCCAGCUCCACUUCAUCAUCCCCAAGUCCAAGGAGCACCACUUCGUCUUCAGCCAACCCGGAGGCCAGCUGGAGAGCAUGCGGCUGCCCCUCGUCACAGACAAGAGUCACGAAUACAUAAAAAGUCCGACGUUCACUCCCACGACUGGCCGUCACGAGCACGGGCUCUUUAACCUGUACCACGCGAUGGACGGAGCCAGCCAUUUGCACGUGCUAGUUGUCAAGGAGUAUGAAAUGGCGAUUUAUAAGAAAUACUGGCCCAACCACAUCAUGCUGGUGCUUCCGAGUAUCUUCAACAGCGCUGGAGUCGGCGCCGCCCAUUUCCUGAUCAAGGAGCUGUCUUACCACAACCUGGAGCUGGAGCGGAACCGUCAGGAGGAGCUGGGGAUCAAGCCGCAGGACAUCUGGCCUUUCAUCGUGAUUUCCGAUGACUCCUGCGUGAUGUGGAACGUGGUGGACGUCGACUGCGGCGGGGAGAGAAGCAGGGAGCUUUCCUGGUCGGAAAGAAACGUCUCCUUGAAGCACAUCAUGCAGCAUAUCGAGGCGUCCCCCGACAUCACUCACUACGCCCUGAUCGGCAUGCGCAAGUGGUCCGGCAAGACGGGGAGCCGCGAGGUGCGCGAGCCCUUCUCCCGCUGCCACGUGCACGACUUCAUCGUCCUGAACGUGGACUUGACCCAGAAUGUGCAGUACAACCAGAACCGGUUCCUGUGUGACGAUGUGGACUUCAACCUGCGGGUGCACAGCGCCGGCCUCCUGCUCUGCCGGUUCAACCGCUUCAGCGUGAUGAAGAAGCAGAUUGCGGUGGGCGGGCACAGGUCCUUCCACAUCACGUCCAAGGUGUCUGACAGCCCCGUGGCCGUCGUGCCCGCCCAGUACAUCUGUGCCCCCGACAGCAAGCACACGUUCCUCGCGGCCCCCGCGCAGCUCCUGCUGGAGAAGUUCCUGCAGCACCACAGCCACCGCUUCUUCCCGCUGUCCCUGAAGAAUCACGGCCACCCCGUGCUGUCCGUCGACUGCUACCUUAACCUGGGGUCUCAGAUCUCUGUGUGUUAUGUGAGCUCCAGGCCCCACUCUUUAAACGUCAGCUGCUCCGACUUCCUGUUUAGUGGACUCCUGCUGUACCUCUGUGACUCUUUUGUGGGAGCUGGCUUUUUGAAAAAGUUUCAUUUCCUGAAAGGUGCCACCUUGUGUGUGAUCUGUCAGGACCGCAGCUCACUCCGCCAGACGGUGGUCCGCCUGGAGCUGGAGGAUGAGUGGCAGUUCCGGCUGCGAGAUGAAUUCCAGACCGCCAACGCCAAGGAGGACCGACCCCUCUUCUUUCUGACUGGACGACACAUCUGA